CAGCUUUAACUCCAUCCCCACAUAAACACAACACAACACUCACAUCCCUCUCUUUCUCUCUAUAUAUAUUUCUUGCUAGACUUCUUUCUUCUGACAAAAAAUGGCUGAAAUAGUGAGAAAUAAGCAGGUGAUUUUGAAGAACUAUGUCUCAGGUCUUCCAAAAGAAACUGACAUGCAUAUCACCAAUACCAACAUUGCGUUAGAGGUUCCAAAAGGCUCAAAUGGGGUUCUUUUAAAGAACCUCUACUUGUCUUGUGAUCCUUACAUGAGACCAAGAAUGAAGAAAAUUGAAGGGCAUUAUGUUGAGCCCUUCAAAAUUGGCAUGCCUUUGAGUGGAUAUGGAGUGGCUGAGGUUCUGGAUUCUGAGCAUCCAAACUUCAAGAAAGGAGACUUGGUUUGGGGGAUGACAGGUUGGGAAGAGUACAGUCUGAUUACAGCUCCAAAUUUGUUCAAAAUUCAACACACAGAUGUGCCUCUUUCCUAUUACACUGGAAUUCUUGGUAUGCCUGGUAUGACUGCCUAUGCUGGAUUUUAUGAGCUAUGCUCUCCCAAGAAAGGAGAGAAUAUAUUCAUUUCAGCAGCAUCAGGCGCUGUUGGUCAGCUAGUUGGGCAGUUUGCAAAGUUGCUCGGUUGCUAUGUUGUUGGAAGUGCUGGGACCAAAGACAAGGUUGAUCUGCUAAAGAAUAAAUUUGGGUUCGAUGAGGCCUUCAACUAUAAAGAAGAGCCAGAUCUCGAUGCAGCUUUGAAAAGGUACUUUCCAGAAGGCAUCGAUAUGUACUUUGAAAAUGUUGGGGGAAAGAUGCUUGAUGCAGUGCUUCUCAACAUGAAAGUCCAUGGUCGAAUUGCUGUGUGUGGAAUGAUAUCGCAGUACAACCUUGACAAGCCUGAAGGGGUACACAACUUGAUGAAUCUGAUUUCAAAACGUAUUCGUAUGGAAGGAUUCCUGGUUCUUGAUUACUACCACCUCUAUCCGAAGUUUCUGGAAAUAAUUAUUCCUCACAUCAAAGAAGGAAAGAUUGUAUACGUAGAAGACACUGCUGAAGGCCUUGAGCGUGCACCAGCUGCUCUGGUUGGGCUCUUUACAGGUCAUAAUGUUGGCAAACAAGUGGUUGCAGUUGCUCAUGAGUGAAUUAUCUACUUUGUUUACAUGUUGUUACUGCUAAAAGUUACAAUUUCCUGGAAUGCUAUACUAUAUAGCUACUAAAUUAUGUAACUAAAAUAGUUCUGUUGAUGUUUACAUGAGCUGUUUCUCUUUGUUAAUGUUGUUUACACUUUGUUACACUUCAUUACAGAAAAAGAAUAUAAUAUACCAGCUAGAGUCUCAA